GUCGGUGUUUCCUGCCGGGCUGCUGCUGCUUUGCGCGCUGCUGCGGGGCCACACUGCACCGCACCGAGCCGGAGGAAAGAGGAGUUAAAGCCGCGGAACCGCACCGACAGCACCGGGGGGCCAGAGCGGCGGAGAGGCACGAUCCAAGCACAAGAAGAAAGGAGAGGGUUUGACUUUGAACGCGCCGGAGAAAUACAUUUAUAUAUAUAUAUAUAUAAAAUAUAUAUAUAUAUAUAUUUAUAUAUUUAUAUAUCCCUCCGAGAAGAAGAAGCGUCACACACCGCGCUGUUCCUCCCUCCAUCUCUCCGUCUGCUUGGGGGAAGUGAAGAAGAAGAAGAAGAAGAAGAAGAAGAAGAAGAAGGUGAAAAACGAAGAAGAGGACACAGGGGAAAAAAAAUCUCUUUGGGGGGUUUAAUAUCUCCGGAGCACGGACGCGGUGUUGGAAACCCCCCCCCUCCUCCCCCCGGACGGACCAGGGCCGAUUGUGAUUCUCUCCGUGUUCCAGCAGCAGCGACACCAUGAAGGACCGUACGGCGGAACUGCGAAGCGCUAAGGACAGCGAUGAUGAUGAAGAGGUGGUGCAGGUCGACAGGGACCACUUCAUGGAUGAGUUCUUCGAACAGGUGGAGGAGAUCAGAGGCUGUAUAGAAAAGCUGUCAGAGGAUGUGGAGCAGGUCAAGAAGCAGCACAGCGCCAUCCUGGCUGCCCCCAACCCUGACGAAAAGACCAAGCAGGAGUUGGAGGACCUCACAGCUGACAUCAAGAAGACAGCCAAUAAAGUUCGCUCAAAAUUAAAAGCUAUCGAGCAGAGCAUCGAGCAGGAAGAAGGUCUCAACAGAUCAUCAGCUGACCUCAGGAUCCGCAAAACACAGCACUCGACGCUGUCACGUAAGUUCGUGGAGGUGAUGACUGAGUACAACACCACGCAGUCCAAGUACCGCGACCGCUGCAAGGACCGCAUCCAGAGACAGCUGGAGAUCACCGGGAGAACCACCACCAACGAAGAACUAGAGGACAUGUUGGAGAGUGGCAAGCUGGCCGUCUUCACCGAUGAUAUCAAGAUGGACUCUCAGAUGACCAAGCAGGCUCUGAACGAGAUCGAGACCCGACACACCGAGAUCAUCAAGCUGGAAAACAGCAUCCGCGAGCUGCACGACAUGUUCGUCGACAUGGCCAUGCUCGUCGAGAGCCAGGGCGAGAUGAUUGACAGAAUUGAGUACAACGUGGAACACUCCGUCGACUACGUGGAGCGAGCCGUAUCCGACACCAAGAAGGCCGUCAAAUACCAGAGCCAGGCCCGCAAGAAGAAGAUCAUGAUCAUCAUCUGCUGCGUCAUCCUGGGCGUGGUCCUGGCGUCGACCAUCGGCGGCACGCUGGGCUUCUAGAGACGCUCCGCCGUGAUGCCCGCCGCUGACCCAACCGUCCGACCGCCAGCAGAGAAAAGACACACCGACAACGACGACGACAACUACGACAACACAAAAACUUGAAACACAAAUGCAAGACAGAUAAACCAAUCAGCUAGGAAGAGAUAACCAAUCACAGAUAAGAGGAAACACCACAGGGUUGGGUGGGGUUCAAAAAACAAAGACAAAAAAAAACCACAAUAAAAAUGCCAUCACAUUAUAGCUGACUUAAAUACUUAACGUAUACAAAAAGAAGGUCAGAUAACCCUAUUUACUACAGCUGUACAUGUAAAUGUAUUGAACAUAUGAAGCAACACAUGGGUUAGCUACCUGUAAAAAAUGAUUACCUAUAAUAUGACAUUUACUUGUCUGUUGGUUUGUUUUGCUUUUUUCUCUUAUUUUUUAAACAGUUUCUUUCGUUUUUCGGGAGUCUCCGAGGACAGUGACAGUGACGGCUGCCGGAUGCGAGUUCUACGGGAUGAAGCGUUUCCCAGAGCCAAACUUUAAUUUGUGUGUUAGUUUCUUACAUUUAUGUAAAGUGUCUGGAACCGAGCACUUUAUGGAAGAACAUAAUAAAUGUGCCCGGCUUUCUA